AUGGCUUCGAGCGGGUCGGGCAGUACCAACACCAUCAAGGUUGUUGCCAGAUUCCGGCCCCAGAAUAAAAUCGAACUCGCCAGUGGGGGAGAGCCCAUUGUCGAGUUCGAAAGUGAGGAUACAUGCAGGAUAAAUUCUAAAGAGGCCGCGGGGGCCUUCACCUUCGACCGCAUCUUCGGCAUGGACUCCCAGCAACAAGACGUCUUCGACUUCUCCAUCCGCCCCACUGUCGACGAUAUCCUCAAUGGCUACAACGGAACCGUCUUCGCCUACGGGCAAACCGGUGCUGGAAAGUCCUAUACAAUGAUGGGCUCGGAUAUCGACGAUGAUGUAGGAAAGGGUAUUAUCCCACGUAUCGUCGAACAGAUGUUCGCCAGCAUCCUUGCAAGUCCCGGAAACAUCGAGUAUACAGUUCGCGUGAGCUAUAUGGAAAUCUAUAUGGAGCGCAUUCGGGAUCUCCUGGUGCCACAAAACGACAACCUCCCCAUCCACGAAGAAAAGUCCCGCGGUGUUUACGUCAAGGGCCUACUGGAAAUUUACGUCUCCAGCGUGCAGGAGGUCUACGAAGUUAUGCGCAGGGGCGAUGCGGCGAGGGCUGUAGCUGCAACCAAUAUGAACCAGGAGUCUUCGCGGUCCCAUUCGAUUUUCGUCAUCACUAUCACGCAGAAGAAUGUGGAAACGGGCUCUGCAAAGAGCGGCCAGCUAUUCCUCGUCGACUUGGCGGGUAGCGAGAAGGUCGGUAAGACAGGCGCGAGCGGCCAGACACUCGAGGAAGCCAAGAAGAUCAACAAGAGCUUGAGCGCGCUGGGUAUGGUUAUCAAUUCGCUGACGGACGGCAAAUCGACGCAUAUCCCCUACCGGGACUCAAAACUUACGCGGAUCCUGCAGGAGAGUUUGGGUGGUAACUCGCGGACGACUCUAAUCAUCAAUUGCUCCCCCAGCAGCUACAACGAUGCAGAAACAAUUAGCACGCUCCGCUUCGGAGUACGCGCCAAGGCAAUUAAGAACAAGGCAAAGAUUAACGCUGAGCUAAGUCCCACAGAGUUGAAGAUGUUACUUAAAAAGGCCCAGACGCAGGUUGUCACCUUUGAGACUUAUAUUACCGCUCUCGAGUCGGAGGUUCAAAUCUGGCGGGCUGGGGAGACGGUGCCGAGGGAACGGUGGACGCCUGCUAGAACUGCUGAUGGGCUGAGUAGCAUGAGGGCUGAAGCACGGGGACCUCCUCGUCCAGGGACGCCGUCUCGCCUACAGACGGAUAUCUCAAGAUCGGAGACACCCAGCCGACCCGAUUCGAGGAUAGGCGAACGUUCCAGCACGCCUAGCAUCCUGCUUGAGAAAGACGAGCGGGAAGAAUUCCUGCGACGGGAGAAUGAGCUGCAGGAUCAACUCGCGGAGAAAGAGACGCUUAUUGCCAACGUAGAGAAGGAUCUCAUAGAGAAGAAGGAGGAGUUAAAAUUUCUCAAGGAGAAUACGAUCCGGACGGGUAAGGAUAAUGAGAAACUUAACACCGAGGUCAACGAGCUGCGGAUGCAGUUGGAGAAGGUCUCAUAUGAGAGCAAGGAGGCGUCUAUUAUCAUGGAUACGCUUAAGGAGGCCAACUCUGAACUCACGGCCGAACUCGAUGAGCUGAAGCAGCAACUUCUCGAUGUCAGAAUGAGCGCCAAGGAAACCAGCGCCGCUUUGGAUGAGAAGGAUAAGAAGAAAGCCGAGCGCAUGGCUAAGAUGAUGGCUGGGUUCGAUCUGGGGAUGAACGUGUUCUCGGACAAUGAACGGAAGAUCCAGAAGCUGGUUGAGCGGGUGGAGGCGUUACAGGCAUCCAGCAGCUCUGGGGAACCCAUUGCAGCUGAUGCUCUUACUGAGUUCAGGACCAGCCUGAUCGAGGCUCAAGGAUUUGUUCGCCAGGCGGAGUUGACUGUGAAUGACCGAAGCACCUACCAGGAGUUGCCGGACAACAAACGGGUGGAGCUUGAGGACCGGAUCGCAGAGCUUCAAAAACGGUAUGAGGAGGUGCUCGAAAACGGCCUGAGCAAGGACGACGUAGAAGAAAUCAAGACUCGCCUGGGCCAGGCAUAUGAGGACCGACAGGAGCAUGAAUCGAAGAUGGUCGAGGAGCUUCGAAGCGAAUUAACACGACGGGGCGAGGAGCUAGAACGAUUGCGACAAUCUCUUACUGAAGCGCAGUCCCGUGGUGGUCCUAUCAAUGGCAGCGGCGGGCCCACCGUUAACAGCAAGACGCUACAGCAGCAAAUCGCAGACUUCGACAUCAUGAAGAAAUCUCUAAUGCGCGACCUGCAGAACCGGUGCGAGCGGGUAGUGGAGCUUGAGAUCUCACUCGACGAGACCCGCGAGCAGUACAAGAACGUGUUGCAGUCGUCGAACAACCGGGCGCAGCAGAAGAAGAUGGCGUUCCUAGAGCGGAAUCUGGAGCAGCUGACGCACGUCCAGCGACAACUUGUGGAGCAGAAUGGCAGCCUGAAGCGCGAGGUGGCGAUUGCGGAGCGGAAGCUGAUUGCACGCAAUGAGCGCAUUGAGAGCCUUGAAACUCUCUUGCAGGAUAGUCAGGAGAAACUUACGGCGGCGAACCAUCGCUUCGAAGCGCAACUCACAGCCCUCAAGGAACGUCUGGAAGCAGCCAAAGCAGGCUCAACACGCGGCCUCCCAUCCUCAGAGGGCGGGGCAUUCAGCUUUGGCGGGUCUCGGAUAGCCAAACCUCUCCGUGGCGGCGGAGGAGCUGUCGACUCGAACGGCGCGCUCGUGAAUCCGACGCUGUCUGGCCUGCAGUCGCAGGAUGCCUCCGGGUCCGGGUCGGGAGGCGCCAAGCGCACCAGCUGGUUCUUCGAUCGGCGAUGA